AUUCAUUUGGAGGCAGACAAAGUUGGGAGAGGUGCGCGCCACUUUUGGGUCAAAAAGGGUGUACUUUUUGGUCAGCAAAGGUGCUUUUUGGUCAAAAUAAGGUGUAUUUUAUCUCGAUUUCUUCACCAUGAGCGCAAACGACCUGGACAAGGCUGAGCAGGGCGCGGCCGAGAAGCUGAACAAGCCGGAGAACGGGAGUCCCGAGGACGGCAAGGCGGCCGAUGGCGGGCUGGAGGCCGACGAGGUGGAGCCCAAGCUGGCGCCGUUCGCCGGGAUGGGGAAGGAGGAGCUCCUGAAGGUGUCCUCGGAGCCGUUCUGGGUGUACCUCCGCUGGACGCUGCUGGUGCUGUUCUGGCUGGCCUGGAUCGCCAUGCUGGUUGGCGCCAUCGUGAUCAUCGUGACGGCCCCGCGGUGCGCGCCGCGCCCCGAGCUGGAGUGGUGGGAGCACGGCGGCUUCCUGCGCGUCUUCACCCGCUCAUUCAAGGACUCGGACGGGAACGGUGUCGGAGAUCUGAAGGGAAUUGAGGAGAAGGCGGACUACCUGACUGAUCUGAAUGUAAAGUCACUUCAGAUCAGCGCGGUCUACAGCGCCUCCAACUUCACCGAUGUGGACCCUGCGUUCGGGACGAUGGCCGACUUCGACAGCCUUGUCUCUACCCUGCACGACAAGGGACUGAAGCUGGUGGUUGAUUUUGACCCUAACCACUCCGGCGUGGACCACCCCUGGUUUGUGCAGAGUGCUGCCAGCAAGGCUGCCGACAACACCUACAAGGACUACUAUGUCUGGGCUGACGGGGUCGGUGGAAACCCUCCUAACAACUGGCUGAGUGUGAGCGGCGGCUCUGCCUGGAACUACAGCGCGGCCCGUGACCAGUGGUACCUGCACACCUUCCAACCAGAGCAGCCUGACCUGAACUACCGCAACCCCGACGUGCGCGCGGCCGUGAAGGACGCCCUGCGCUUCUGGGCCAUGAAGGGGGCCGACGGCUUCCGCCUGACGUCCGCCAAGUACCUGGUGGAGGACUCCGCCCUGACCGACGAACCGGCCAACCCCAACUACUCCGGGGACCCGGGCAAGUUUUGUGUCCCCCAGUACGAUAGCCUGUCUCACCCCUACACGACCAACCUGGACGAGACCCACACCCUGCUGCAGGAGUUCCGCACCACGCUCGACGAGUUCGCAAAGGACGGAGACAGCUACAGGCUGCUGCUGACUGACGUGAUGGACGCUAACGUGCGGCAAGUGGUGAAGUACUACAGCUCCAACGGGACCCGCGAGGCGGACAUCGCCCUGAACUAUAACCUCCUGGCCAUGCAGGGCGGCGGAGACAAACCCGGGAACAAGACCUUCGGCCGCAUCCAGAGCUGGCUGGACAACCUGCCCGAUGGCAAGCGUGCCAACUGGGUGAUCGGGAGUGAGAGCAGCCCCCGUGUGGGUGGAGGCCUGUACGCCCGGGCCGCUAACCUGCUACUCCUACUCCUACCUGGCACACCCAUGGCGUACUACGGCGACGAAAUCGGGAUGGCAGAUGUAAAUGGAGUCAGCACCAGCCCCAUGCAGUGGAACAACACCGACAACGCCGGCUUCACCAACCCCGGGGUCACGCCAUGGACCCCACUCCCGCAGAACUACUCGACCGUCAAUGUUGGGACCCAGAAGCAGGACGGCUCCUCCUUCCUCAGCAUGUUCCAGAAGGCUGCCGGCCUGCGAGACGAGCCCGCCUUCCAGUGGGGAGCCUUCAGCAACGCCCUCACCACCGACGACGUGCUGUCCUUCAAGCGCGAGCACGCCGGCGCAACCAGCUACCUGGUGGCCAUCAACCUGGGCGGGGCGGCCUCGAGCCAGGACUACACGGCCGCCGGUUUCCCCGAGGAGGGAACGAUGGCGCUCAGCUCAGGCAUGGACCGGAACGACGAGAAGCUGAAGCUGAACGCCGUGACGCUCCAACCGGGCGAGGCCAUCGUCGUGAGCUACUGACGGACCACCUGAAACGUUCUGCCACUUGUGGACUCUGUAGAGUCUGUACCUUAGAGUACUCAAGCCUGUUCACAAACGCUGCAUGGUAGCUCAUCGCAGCAGUCUAAUAUGUAGGAUUACUGGUGUAACUUGUGAUGUUGGAAGAUGAGAAAGAUAUGAGAUGGUGAUGUUCCACUGUGAAGACUUUACAUUCAAACAAAAGUGUACUGUACCAUUGCCUGCUCACACGUACAGCAUGGUAGCUCUGAUAUUAUUCUCCUAUAUUUUCCAUUGCCUGCCUCUCUUUCUUCCUCCCUGGAAGUUCCUUGCAUGACAUUCUUGGCAAGACCCGAUGACUGACACGGGGUUGUUCCAAUUUAGUCCUUUUUUUUUUUUAGAUAUGACAGACAUCAUAUUUAUUUGUUACAGCAAUUAAGUAUUUUAAAAAACGUGUCCAUGUCCGCAAUUUGUGCGAUGUUCCUUGUGGCCAAGGGCUUGCAGCCUGCCUUUGCCUCCCUGAUUAUGUUCUUGCAUGAGAGUUAUGGCAAGUCCUGAUGACCAUGAAAUGUGACCGUACCGCUUCAAGUUUUCUGUUCUUUACUGUGGUUAUGAGGUCUUUUUUCCCCCACUGAUGUAAGUAGGAAGUUAAAAAACAACCAGACGCAAUGCAGAAAGUGAACAGGACUGUACCCACCUCGCUAUUCUAUAGCUGAGUGCAUAUAUAUAUAAAACAUAAUAUCUCUGAUGGUAUAGCUCUUAAAACUGUUCAAGCAAAAUGGACAUCUUGUGGUUUGGUAUCAGUGCGCUAGGAAACAUCUGGUGUAAAAGUUAUAAAUGCUAUUACACGAAAUGUGGUUGGAGUACCGAAACUGUGAAUUUAUGUGCUAGGGGUCUUCCAGAAUUUGUGCUGUAUUUGAAAAACAACCUCUCAACAGGCUGUCAGCAUGUGCAAGUCUUCCUUUAUCCAUGUGGCAGAAACGAUGAAAUAAAGUGGUCACAACUAACA